AUGGAUUCUAUAAUGAAGAAAAGUGAGCCUUGGGCUACCCAGCCAUAUCAAAACUGUCUCACGCGGAUCGUCGACCUGAAAGGACUCCAGAUUCCUGAAAUAGCCUCUGAUGAAGACUAUCGUCAGAUUUACGCAGACUAUAUCAAAACCGCGAAGCAUGACCGGAAUGCCGGGCUUCUUCGUGACGCUAUCGAGUCUAUCAAAUAUGGCAUUUCUCCGCCAGUGGCCUUCCCGACGGAGACAGUUUAUGGUCUUGGCGCAGAUGCGACAAACCCGCCUGCCAUCUCUGGAAUUUUCGCGGCCAAAGGACGACCAAGUGACAACCCGUUGAUAGUUCAUAUAUCAUCAAUCGGCCACCUGGAAAGAUUGCUGGAUUCACGCCUACCCGAAAUCUACCAAAGCCUGACCGCAAAGUUCUGGCCUGGUCCACUAACAAUUUUGCUUCCGGUGGGUAAGGAGUCCAAAUUUGCGAGGAACGUCCAUCCAGGGCAAGAUACGAUUGGGUUUAGAAUCCCUUCUUCCAAGUACGCUCGCUUCUUCAUUGCUGCCACGAGCAAACCCAUUGCCGGGCCGUCUGCGAAUUCUUCAGGAAAGCCUUCGCCCACCACGGCACAUCACGUUCUGGAUGAUCUCGAAGGGAAAAUCAAUUUUGUUCUUGAUGGUGGAUCGUGCGAGGUUGGCGUCGAAAGCACUGUAGUUGAUGGUCUUCACGACCCUCCUCUCAUUCUCCGACCAGGAGGAGUGUCUCAAGCGGAAUUGAUCGCUCAUGGUCGGACAUAUGGCAACAAAUUCGCAGAAACGGCCAUUGGAUAUAAAAGACAUGAUGUUACUCCUGGUCUGUCUAGUCCAUCCUCAUCACCAUCGUCACCAUCAACACUCCCGAAUGGAUCCAGUGAAUCUCUUGCGAUGAAUUCUGCUUAUGUAGAGGACGUCAAUGGUGCACCACGCGCCCCGGGCAUGAAAUAUCGACACUACGCACCAAAAGGCCAAAUGAUUUUAUUUUCUCCCGCCGCUAUCAAGAACGGUCGUGUGGCUGCGAGAUUCCAUGAAGUCAUCAAGCCUGGAGGUUCAGUUUCGUUUGACAAGGCUCCUAUCAAGAUUGGGAUCAUUUCAUGCCACUGGCCAACAUUUGCAGGAAUUCUUGAUCAAGGGUCCUUGACUCCCCCAAUACCAACUGACGAUAGGGAGAUUCCUCCAGUUUUGGCACAAUCACCAUACGCACCGCUGACAAAGAUCUCGACAACUGAGGCAAACAAGGACUGCAAAGUGAUUCUCUACGACGUCCACCUUGGACGAGACAUCUCAGUCCUCGCUCAAUCGCUAUUUGGCGUUCUCAGACUCUUCGAUGAUCUCGAGUGUGAUUUCAUAUUCGCAGAAACGGUCAGACGGACCGUUUUUGGUGGCAAUGACACGUUGGCAGAAGAUUCAGAACGCUCUACGAAACGAGACCUAGAAGAUGCGGUCAUUGAUCGUAUUGAAAAGGCGGCCGGGGAGAGGGUGGAGGUCUGA